AUGUUAAGAGGAACCUGUUGGUUCUCCAUGAACUACAACUGGAAUUCCUCCUACAGUAACAGCUUUAAAUAUGCGUACCAGCUUCUGUUGAAGGUUGGUCUCAUCCUCAACUCUGAAACAUCAACAGCAGCAGAUGAUCUUUAAGGAUGGAGGAAGAAAUACAUUAUUCAACUCUGGUUUUUAACAAAAAUGCAUCACCUUCAAAAGAGGAAAAAGAGGAUGUUACAGUUUAUUCUGGGGUAAAAUUUGCAGAGCCUGUGACUACUGAACCAAAGGAAAACAAGGACCCGACUACUACUUCAGAGUUCAAAGCAAAAGAGCCUGAAGCUACUGUAUCAAGUAAAUUUGCAGAAAUUGAACCAGUUGCAGACUCUCACUCUCGCACUCAUCUCCUGCCGAUGUGUUUGGGGAUACUUUGCAUCAUCCUGUUGGCAAGCAUGAUCGGCCUCAUCGUCUACAUCAUCACAGUAAUGAACAAACUGGAAGCAAACCUCAGCGACCUCAAAGGACAAAAUGAGCAACUGAUUGUGGAAAAGAAAGUCUUAGAGAAUCAGACUGAGCAGGUCACAGUGAAGAUGAAAAUGUUUGAGAACCAGACUGAGCAGCUAAAAAUGGAAAAGAGAAGACUGGAGAAUCAGACCGAGCAGCUGAGCAGAGACCGAGACGACCUAAACUGGACACUGGGAGUCAUCCUGACAUUCAACAGCUUUCCAGUAAACGAAUUUUGCCCGAACAAAAAGUGUCAGUCGUGUCGCACCGGCUGGAUUCAGUACCAGAAAAAGUGCUACCUGUUUUAUGAAGACAGUCAGACUUGGAUGACAUGGAGUGACAGUCGACAGUACUGCCAAGAUAAAAACGCAGAUCUGGUUGUUAUUGAUGACCUGCAGGAACAGAAAUUCAUCAGUCAAAACACGAAGUACUACUAUGACAAGUUUCACGGAUACUGGAUGGGGCUGCAGAAUAAUGGCACCACAUGGGUCUGGAUUGAUGGACACAAGGACACACUUCAGUACUGGAGGACUUUGAAUGAAAAGCUUUAUGGACUGACGAUACCUGGGACCAACAUCAGUCAGAGCUGGGACUCAGGAAAUAUUGAAUUUCAGAACAAAUUCAUCUGUGAAGAUGACGUCCUGAUAAGGUCCAAUUAGCUAAUAGUGUGUUUGUAUUCUUCCUCUUUAUCCAUCCAUCCAUCCAUUUUCUUCUGCUUAUCUGGAGUCGGGUCGCGGAGGCAGCUGCCUAAAACAAGGAAACCCAGACUUCCUUCUCCCCGGCCACAUUCAGCUCAUCCGGAGGGAUC